AUCAUUCAUUGGCAUACUUUUCUCAUCCAAUCUCUUCAGUUUAAGCCAGACCUAAGAAAAUGGGUAAGGGAGGAUUUUCAGAAGGAAACAAGGCUGCUUGGCUCUAUGGCGUUAAUGAUCUCAGGAUUCUGCCCUACGAGCUUCCUCCUCUUGGUCCACGUGAUGUGAGAGUGAGGAUGAAAUCGGUCGGUAUUUGUGGAAGCGACGUUCACUAUCUCAAGACGGGUAGCUGUGGACACUAUGUUGUGAAAGACCCUAUGAUUAUUGGUCAUGAAUGCGCUGGGAUCAUUGAGGAAAUUGGAUCCGAUGUUACUCAUGUGACGAAAGGCGAUCGUGUUGCUCUUGAACCAGGCCACGGUUGUUGGCGUUGUGAUCGUUGCAAAGAAGGCCGAUACAAUCUCUGUCCAGAGAUGAAGUUUUUUGCCACUCCACCAGACCAUGGCUCUCUUGCUGAUCUGAUUGUGCAUCCGGCUGAUUUAUGUUUCAAGCUACCUGAAAAUAUGAGUUUGGAGGAAGGGGCCAUGUGCGAGCCCUUGAGUGUUGGUGUUUAUGCUUGUCGUCGGGCCGAAAUCGGUCCGGAAACGAAUGUUUUAGUGAUGGGAGCAGGUCCGAUAGGGCUUGUUGCACUGUUGGCGGCUAAAGCAUUUGGUGCUCCAAGGGUAGUUGUUGUUGAUGUUGAUGACUACCGCCUUUCAGUUGCAAAGGAGCUUGGUGCAUUUGCCACCAUAAAAGCCUCAACCAACAUUGAGGAUGUUGAGAAAGAAGUGGAAACAAUUCAAAAGUCGAUGGGAGGACGUGGAAUUGAUGCAACUUUGGAUUGCGCAGGUUUUACUAAAACUAUGACGACUGCACUGUCUGCGACUCGAAAUGGUGGUAAAGUUUGCCUAGUUGGAAUGGGCCAUUGUGAUAUGACUCUUCCUCUCACCCCAGCGGCCUCCAGGGAAGUCGACAUUCUGGGCAUUUUCCGCUACAAGAACACCUGGCCUCAGUGCAUUGAAUUUAUUAGCAGCGGAAAAAUCGAUGUGAAACCACUGAUCACACACCGCUAUGGAUUUUCCCAGAAAGAUGUUAUAGAAGCAUUUGAUGUGAGCGCUCGCGGAGGCAAGGCCAUCAAAGUCAUGUUCAAUCUUUAGAUGUGAGAAGUUUUUCCAUGAGCGCUUGCGGAGGCAAGGUCAUCAAAGUCAUGUUCAAUCUUUAGAUGUGAGAAGUUUUUCCAUCAAGCAUAAUAAACUAGCUGUGAGGAAAUUAAUAUUAGACUUUUGGUAUUUCAUUUCCUUUUAGGUUUCAUUCUGUAACUAGCCCGUUGCUUGGCUUUAUUGGGCUGAUUACUAUCCAUUUAAAAUUAGCUUCUCUUGAUUUUGACGACGAAUUUUUUGGUAACAAUUUUUUUUGGUUGUCUAAUUUAAAGGUGG